UCAGCCUGCUGCAGCAUAUACCGAAGACGCUGGGAAAAUAACACUGACAUUUCAUUUGGAUCUAAUUUUCUAAUCCCAUCUUAAAACAAAACCUAAACUUUUCUUUGCUGAAAUGCCUUUUCUCUGAUGAUUUAUGGAUCAUGGAUCCUCUCUACAUCUCUUCGCAAAACUCAAGCGCAAACGGAACCAACGGUUCAUUGGUCAAUGACACAGACGUGUUCUCGAACCAGUUCGUUCAGCCAGUUUGGCAGAUAGUUUUGUGGGCCAUCGCAUAUUGCUGUAUAGUUCUGGUGUCAGUUGUUGGAAAUAUCACUGUCAUCUGGAUCAUUUUAGCGCAUAAGCGCAUGAGAACAGUUACCAACUAUUUUCUGGUAAAUCUCGCGUUCGCAGAGGCGUCUAUGUCGGCUUUCAACACCGUUAUUAACUUUGUGUAUGCAGUGCACAACGAAUGGUAUUUUGGACUUGUUUACUGCAGAUUUCACAACUUCUUUCCAAUAGCAGCUGUGUUCGCAAGUAUUUACUCAAUGACGGCAAUAGCCCUGGACAGGUACAUGGCUAUCAUCCACCCACUCCAGCAGCGCCUGUCGUCCGCUGAGACCAAGUUGGUGGUGGGGGUGAUCUGGGCCCUGGCGCUGCUCCUGGCUUUCCCCCAGUACUAUUUUUCCAGCACCGCUCAGCUGCCAGGACGUGUCGUGUGCUACAUCAACUGGCCAGAGUACAGCGUGUGGGAUUUUCAAAAGACGUAUUACGUCUGCGUGGUUGUGCUUAUUUACUUUCUGCCUUUGCUCAUCAUGGGUUGUGCUUACCUGGUGGUGGGACGCAGUCUCUGGGCUAGUGAGAUUCCUGGAGACUCUUCAGACCGCUAUCGACAGCAGCUGACCGCCAAACGGAAGGUGGUGAAGAUGAUGAUCGUCGUUGUGUGCACCUUCGCCGUCUGUUGGCUGCCCUACCAUGUCUACUUCCUGUUGCACCAGUUCCUUCCUCACUUAUUUGAGGAACCCUACAUCCAACAGGUGUACUUAGGAAUAAUGUGGCUUGGCAUGAGCUCCACCAUGUACAAUCCCAUCAUCUACUGUCUUCUCAAUGACAGGUUUCGAGCUGGAUUCCAACAGGCGUUCUUCUGGUGUCCUUGUGUCCCUCGAGGCUCCUAUGAAGGUCUGGAGCUCAAGUCAACUCGCUAUCUUCAGACGCAAGCCAGCAUUUACCGUGCCAGCCGAAUGGAGACCACAGUAUCCACAGUCAUGCCGAAUGGAGAGGUAGACCUUCAGGAGAACACAAGGAGAUCCAUAGAUCUCACGUCCAAUGGUUCUUCACGAAGUGCCUCAAAGACUGUAUCUGAGUCCUCCAGCUUCUAUUCUAGUAACAAUCUAGCUUAGAAAGGAAUGCAAGAAAUACUUUCGGCGGGGUUAUAGUACCAAUCCUGUGAGGAGAAGGGCAAAGAUUUACGUUCCAGGGAAUGUCAUGAUGUGAGGUACAACAAACCAAAACAGGUUUUUAGGUUUUCUUGUGGACGGAAGGAUAAUGUGUGAA